ACAAAACUCGUUCACGAUGAAAUUUGUAGUGCUCGCCCUUCUUGUCGCCGUGGCCUUUGCCGACCGGCUGUAUGAGGCCCCAGCUCGUGCUGCCUCCGACGAGAUCGCCAUCUUGAGGGACGACCGCGUGAUCGAGGACGACGGAAGGUACAACUUUGACAUGGAAACUGCCAACGGAAUCGUCAUGUCUGAGUCUGGCUCUCCUGGAGACGAGGGAGCCAUCAACAGUGCUGGAUCCUUCUCAUACACCGCUCCUGACGGCACGGACGUCCACCUCCAGUACGUAGCUGACGAGCGCGGCUUCCAGCCACAGGGUGACCACCUGCCAGUGGCCCCCGAGUUCCCCCACCCGAUCCCUCAGUUCGUCCUCGACCAGAUCGCCUUCGCCGCUGAGGAGGACGCCCGCAAUGCCCGUGGAGAGGUCUCCCGCUCCUAUGGUGCUCCUCAUGAUGACUGAAUAUAUUAAGCGAAUGUCUCUCUACCGCCGAUUUUCUGUUAUUUAUAAUUACAUAAUAAACUGACAGAUUAUACCAUCUGCAAUUGCAGACUAAGUCCUAUGUAUAGCUGUACAAAUAAAAAUGAUAUCUUA